AUGUCAGCAGCAGCCGCAGGACAACCCAAAGAUGAUGGUGGCAGCGCCACAGCCAAGAAUAGCAUGAACUUGGCCGAUGCUCGAUACACGUUCCAGCCAGAAGAAUUGCAGAAACUCCGCACGGAAGCUCCCUGGAUGAAGGAUGCCAAGUACUUUCAAAAGGUUGCCAUCAGUCCCUCUGCCAUUAUGAAAAUGAUGAUGCACUGUCACUCGGGAGUGGAGAAAGGAAUCUCCAAAGGAGGAAAUCCCAUCGAGGUCAUGGGCAUGCUGUUGGGGCGACCCGACCCAGACACGCCCCAUACACUGGUCGUCAGCGAUGCAUUUCCCUUGCCCAUUGAAGGGUUUGAAACUCGUGUCAUUGCGGAUGAUGAAAAUGUCGUAAAUCACAUGAUUGCCCUUGGAGAAUCCCUGGAACGGACACGAAAAGAAAAAUUCAUGGGAUGGUAUCAUUCCCAUCCGUUUGAUCUGGCGGAUCAUGGUCAUUGCUUUCUUUCCCAGACCGAUUUGAGUACAGAGCUGCAGUGGCAACGAGCGGAAGAUCCCCAUGGGAAUCCUUUUGUUGCCAUUGUGGUGGAUCCCUUGCGGUCAUUUCAUUUGCAAAAGCCCGAAAUCAAGGCAUUCCGGGCGUAUCCUCCGGAAUACAAUUCACCCGUCGCCAAUGAAUGCCCAGAUGGAUCCAUUCAACCCGUAGAGCAGCUACGAUUGGAGCAGUGGGGGUCCUGCUGGAAUCGAUAUUAUGAGUUGGAAGUGGAGUACUACAUGAGCUCGACGUCUCGAUCCAUUUUGGAACAAUUGACGCAAGAUUAUCUCUGGAUGCGUACCUUGUGUAGUCAAAAGGCGCAGGAAGGUGAAACUGCUCAGAAACAAACCACUCAACGUUUGAAAUCCAUUCACAAAUCGUUUCAAGCAGCUGCCACCAAAGCGGCAAAUGCCAGCGGAGGAGCAGGUCCUCCAGGAGGAUCUCGGGCAUUUGGACGAGCACCCUUGGGUGGUCCUGGUGGUGCCGUAGCAACUGCAGGCUCGGCGGGUGGCAAGGCCGGUGAUGGAGGCGGAGGCAACAGUGGCAAACCAUCGGAAUUGUCGAAGGCUGUCCAACAGCUGGUGGACUUGGCCGCAGAAGAAUACCGAGAAUCAGCCCUUCAGGAUACCAAGAAAUUUGUCUUUGGCAGUGAGUAA